ACCUGGUCUGUGAGCUGCUCAGCAGCAGCUUUAUCGCCCCCAUGGUGGCCAUCAUCCUGCUGCUCUGCUGUGAUUUCUGGACCGUCAAGAACAUCACUGGUCGUCUGAUGGUGGGACUGCGAUGGUGGAAUCAGGUGGAUGAUGAUGGGAAAAGCCACUGGGUGUUUGAGUCCAGAAAGUUUCCUUCCCACCAGGGCUCUGGGAAACAGGCCUCUGACUCAGAGUCUCGGAUCUUCUGGCUUGGCCUGCUCAUAUGCCCCAUCGUCUGGGUCAUCUUUGCCUUCAGCUCCCUUGUCUCUUUCAAGAUUAAAUGUCUGGUAGGAUUUUAUUUCUUGACAUGUUUUAAUUAUUGAUGCCAUAACACACACUGUGUAUUAUCACAGUGGCAAAUUGUUACUGAUGCCACUGUAGAAAACUGCAUACGUAUAUACAAUUGGUAACUAAUUGGUCACAUGACUCACUGAUGAGCAGGUGAUACAGAAAAUAGCGAGAAAAACCAAAGCAGGAAGUUACUAAACAUAAGGUACAU